CUGUUAUGGUCCUGUCAGGGCGCCGGCGUCGCGGUGCUGGGGCGGUCGCCACCGAGGGGACUCUGGUGGGGCUGUGUCAGGGGCAGCUCAGCAUCCUGUUACGCUCUUCGCGGGCCACGCCGCAGCCUGCACCUCCCGGGUCUCGGGCAGCACCGUAGGGCGCGCGUGCGGGUUGGCGCCGCGGCCGCCUUGGGGCCCGGGCCCAGCCUCAGCCUCCUCCACCGCCGCCGGCCCCGAGCGGCCGCGAGAUGCAGCCGCCGGGCCCGCCCCCGGCGUAUUCCCCCACUAAUGGGGACUUCACCUUUGUCUCCUCGGCCGACGCGGAAGAGCUCAGUGGUUCAAUAGCAGCUCCAGAUGUCAAGUUAAACCUUGGUGGAGAUUUCAUCAAAGAAUCUACAGCUACUACAUUUCUGAGACAAAGAGGAUAUGGCUGGCUUUUGGAAGUUGAAGAUGAUGAUCCUGAAGAUAACAAGCCACUCUUGGAAGAAUUGGAUAUCGAUCUAAAGGAUAUUUACUACAAAAUCCGUUGUGUUUUGAUGCCAAUGCCAUCACUAGGUUUUAACAGACAAGUGGUGAGAGAUAAUCCUGACUUUUGGGGUCCACUGGCUGUUGUUCUUUUCUUUUCCAUGAUAUCGUUAUAUGGACAGUUUAGGGUGGUAUCAUGGAUUAUAACCAUUUGGAUAUUUGGUUCACUAACAAUUUUUUUACUGGCCAGAGUUCUCGGUGGAGAAGUUGCAUAUGGCCAAGUUCUUGGAGUUAUAGGAUAUUCAUUACUUCCUCUCAUUGUAAUAGCCCCUAUACUUUUGGUGGUUGGAUCAUUUGAACUGGUGUCUACGCUUAUAAAACUGUUCGGUGUGUUUUGGGCUGCCUACAGUGCUGCUUCGUUGUUAGUGGGUGAAGAAUUCAAGACCAAAAAGCCUCUCCUGAUUUACCCAAUCUUUUUAUUAUACAUUUAUUUUUUGUCCUUAUAUACUGGGGUGUAAUCUAAGUCAUAUAUGAGUAGGAAAAGACAAUGUUACCUUUGUGUGAAGCUGGGAAUUCUUGCUGAAGGGAUUGAAGAAAACCUGUUGCUGGUAAAAUUUUACAUUUUCCAGAUGUAAAGAUAGGUUGAAGUUUUUUAAAAAACAUAUUUUUUGGUAUUUAAUUAAGCAAUUACAGUUAUCUGGAUUUUUUUUUUGGUCAGAAUUAUCAGUUCUGUUUGAUUCUUCAUAUUCCAGUAAAUAAAAUAUAAAAGCAUUGUGUUUUUAAGAUUGUGUCAAUAUUCUCCUUAAAAUUUGUGCCAAAAGACCUGGAAUGGUAAUCAUACUCCACUUAAAGGGUAAAGAUGACAACAUCCUGAUAAUCUACAAGUGCAAUUUUUUUCUUUAAAGGGUUUUCUCCUACAUUGCAAAUCCUGUAGAUAUAUAUCUAUUUAUACAUAUAUAUUUAUGAAAUAAUUCUUAUUAUUCACAAAAUAUAUUUCUGAAUAGCUGAAAACUUAAGAUAUUUUCAAUCUGAUGCUUAAACUUUCUUUAAUUUGGCCAUUAAUCUUUUUGUUUGUAAAUUUAAAUUUGUUUUUUAAAUUGUAUAUAAUUUUAAAAAUCACAUACAUGCUUCAGUAUAUCCUUGUUCAGAAUUCUUAAUAAUAACAACUAAAACUAAUUUUAACAUAUGUUGAUGUACAUUUGGUUUGUUUGGGUGUUUUUAAAACUGUUUGAAUAUCUAACCAUUAAAAGUUUCUGUUUAUCUUUCUGACCAAAGGAGCAAAAGGUAUAAUGGAUAUGACAUUCAUUAAGAUUGUCAGUAUGUAGAAAAGCACUAAUAUUUAUAGCAUCAGUAAGUAUUUUUAAAUGGUAUUUCUAAUCCAAAAGUUACUGGAAAGAGACCUUUAAAAUCGUGUGAUCCUGAACAAUGUUACAUGAAGUACAAAAAAAAAAAUAAAAUGUUUCCCAGGUUUGUGUUUUGCUUUAUAACAACUUGUCCUAUAUAACUUGAUAUUUUAAAAAGUAUCAGGUACUCUGACAAAUGUACAAUAUUUGCUAAGGGAAAUAAUAAGAAAUUUUACCUAGUGAAAUUUUUGUUACAAAUAAUUUCAUAGACUAUGUACCUUUAAUUACUAUUACUUUGUAAAGUAGAUGAAAUAUUUAAGUUCAUAUAGUACCUAAUGCCUAAUGACUAUUAGCAGAUUAUUGUAUUAUUUGUUUUUUUCUGAGCUGGAAGCAUUAACUGCUGCCCUCAGUAUGAUUACAGGGCCAUUUCUUGGUAUGUACGGUAUUCCUUUAGCAAUCUUACUCAUCAGGAAACAACCAGUAACGCUGAAGCUACCCUAUAAAUUAGCAAGAUACCAAGCCCAUCUCUCUUCCUUUUUCCCUCUCCCCCAUCAAAAAAGAAAGAAAAAUCUUACUUUAGGCUGCAGGAAAAGUGUGGAUCUACCUUUGAACCAGAAUAAUGCAGAAAAUUUUAUAUGUUGAUUCUUUAAACAAAUGUAGGAAAACACAUUAGAAGUGCCAGAAGGAUGGAACUUCUAGAACCUAAAAUAUGAAGGAAGUAGUGAGGGAGGAGCUACCCCUAUAGAAGCAGUAACUGUAAAAUAAGCACUUGUCACACUGGCAGAGUUCCUGAGGGUCAUUACUUUGUUACAUUGAUUAUAUUUGAUGUUUGUAGUUUUGACCCCAAAAUCUUUCCCAAAAAGCUUGAGGGUCCAUACUGGGGGAUAGAAUUUUGCUAAGCAAUAAGUCAAGGCACUUUAGGACCAAUUAUAUUAAAAAAGUGGGUUAAUAUUUUUAAGCUAUCAUGUUUAUUCAUAAUGAUGUAAGAUAAAAUUAGAUGUUUGUGUUCUAAAAAGGUAUUUAAAAAUAACAGCAUUUAAUCUUGGGAAACUGCCCUGUUUAGGGUAUAUAUAAACGUAAUUUAUUCUGUUUCAAACUCAGCCAACAUCUUCAUGUGCUAAUGAUCAAAGCAGUUAAAAUUUAUUGUCAGUGUGAAAACCUGAUUUGUAAAUGUGUGCAAGAUACAGUACUGCUGCAACUAAUAAUGGUAAGCUGACCAUAACAGUGUCCUCUCCAUGAAUUUUUAUGUAAUGAUAUUUUCUAUGUCAUACUGACUUUUAAGUCAUGAUUUCCAACCUAAUUAUUAAUUCAUUAUUAUUUUUUAGAACAGAACUAGUCAGUCUCUUCUAGUUUUGUGUGUGUGUAUGUUUUACGUAUAAUCAGCUAUAGUAAUCUUGAUGAAUGUUAAUUCUCAAAACAAUUAUUAGACAUUUACUUCUGUUCCAAAUUGGUUGUAAAAUAAUUGAAA